AUGGUCGGUCCUGGAAACAAAUCGCCGGGCAGUACUUUCCGAACAGAUCGACUCUGGAAAUUGCCAACAGGAAACGCAUUCUCGCCUUCGUUGAGUGCGAGUUGCGCAGCCGAAGUAGAGUCAAAUGGCUCGACGCGGGACUCCAUCCACUUCCCAACGUAUCUCAGUCCAUCAGACAUUUCUAUUUCGGCCUCAAUGAACUGGGAUACCGACUUCAUCCCGUCUGACAUUGGCCUUGGAAAUCUUGACUUUGACUCCUUCGAUCCUUUAGAUCAUUCGCAAAGCCUUAUUUACGACAAGUCUACAGUUGAGAAAGAUAGUCCUUCCAGUGUGGCAUAA